AAUAAGUGGUUAGUGCUGUAAUGAAAAUACAACCCAGGGAUGUGACAGAGACCUGCAGGUACUUUCUCGUGGCCAGGGAGGGGACAUCUGAGCUGAGACCUAAAUGAUGUGAAGGAGCCCUGAGGAGUCAGAGCCGAGGGUUAGGGUUGAGAAGGAAGAGCAUUCAAGGCUGCAGGAACUGCAAGGGCAGAACUCUGACGUGGGAACCAGCAAAUUCAUGGGCAGAUGUUCUGAGCUCACCGGCUUCCAGGGCUGCUGGGAAACCCUAGCCUCCUGCGUUUGGUUGUGCACUCCUGCAACCUUCACUGCAGGCCUAGCCGUCGACUGACUCCAGGCAGAGCCUGGGCGCUGAAGAUGCGUUUCAGGCCGGCGGGAGUGGCGAAAGCAGAAAUGGAUAAUCCCCAGAAGCAGAGGUCCCGGCGACUCCAGGGGCCGGGCUGGGUGGCUGGGAAGCUGGGCCGGGCCUCGCGGGCUGGAUAGGAGCCCGCCCAGAGGAGGCGUCUGGGCCGAGGCCGUCCCAGGCUUGGCUCUGCGGGAGAAGUGGGCCGGGCGGGGAGAGGGGGACUGGAGGGGGGAAGGGAAGGUCUCCGAGUUCUCUGGGAGGUGGACUGGGGUCCGAGGCCCCCGGACGGCCUGAGGUGGGACUCUGCGUUCGAGGCCUCCCGCCACUGACCAGCACCGUGGCUCAAGGCGGGUCACGGCCUGUCGGGCCUCAGUUUCUCUCGGGCAUGGAUAGCGGGGAGGCUUCGCGGAUCGCGAGGCCUAGUGCCCCGGAAACCACGUGGUCAAAGGGCUGAGCCGUGUGGCCAGACAAGAGAGGCCCCUGCCCCUGCCCAGUGAGCUCUGCUGCUGUGUCAAAGCCCUGCCAUACCUCCUGGGCUAAUACAAUCACAUUAUCCUUUUCUCUGAUGUCCGGUGUUUUGCAUGAUCCUCACAAUAGCCCUUUGAGAGAAAAGGCAGGGGAGACUAGCCCAUUUCACAGAUGAAGACACUGAGAGCCUCAGGGCACAGCAAGUGAGAAGAGCCCACAGGCCCGGGGCCCAGGUCUUUCCAGAGCCAGUGCUCUUUCUCCCACCGGGGCACAAGGGCUGCCUCCCUCUGAUCUGUGUCCACCUCUCUCACCUCACAGUUCUUAUGGGAGCCAUGAAGCUGAACGAGAGGAGUGUGGCCCACUACGCCCUGAGCGACUCCCCAGCAGACCACGCAGGCUUCCUGCGCACUUGGGGGGGCGCAGGGACUCCACCCACCCCCAGCGGCACUGGCCGAAAGUGCUGGUUUGUCCUUAAAGGCAACCUGCUGUUCUCCUUUGAGAGUCGAGAGGGCCGGACCCCACUGAGCCUAGUGGUGCUGGAGGGCUGCACGGUGGAGUUGGCCGAGGCUCCCGUGCCUGAAGAGUUUGCCUUUGCCAUCCGCUUCGACGCCCCUGGAGUGCGCCCUCACCUGCUCGCGGCAGAUGGGCCAUCGGCCCAGGAGGCCUGGCUGAAGGCGCUGUCCAGGGCGAGCUUUGGCUACAUGCGCCUGGUGGUGCGUGAGCUGGAGAGCCAGCUGCGUGAUGCCCGCCACAGCCUGGACCUGCAUCGCCACUCAUCCUGGAAGGCCACUCCCAGCCGCUGGAAGCCCCAGGCUCCUGAACUCUGGUCUCCUGGCCUGGAGAACGGUCACUCCCUCUCCAGAGAUUGCAGCCCUGUGGGCUUGGUGGAAGAAGGGGGCAGCAGGCCAGCAGGGCGGGGCUUGGUCGAGUGGGAGUUGCAGGGCCCUGCCAGCCUCCUCCUCGGCAGGGGGCAGAGCCCCGUGUCCCCUGAGACCUCCUGCUUCUCUACUCUACAUGACUGGUAUGGCCAGGAGAUUAUGGAGCUGAGGCGGGCGUGGCUGCAGAGUGCCCAGGGGAGCCAGCCAGAAUGCGAGGCACGGGAUAGGCCCUGAGCCUGGGCCCUUCGGGUUCAGCCCUUGUCCUGCUGGUCAGGACACCAGGGCCAGUGCUUUUUCAAGAGUUUCAUGUUUAGUGGUUUCUGAAGUUGCUGUUGGAUGUGAGUUCUCCCCUUCUUGCUUUUGAGGCUUGCUUCAGGUUCCAAAUCCACCCUCACGCCUAGAGGGGACUGAGGAGCCAUGAACUUUCAGCCCCUUUAUUAUUUCCUGAGGGCCAGAGAGGAGAGGUGGCUCGCUCAGCAGCCACAGACCUAGGUCUCCUGGUUU